ACACCCUUGUUGUUGCUGCAUUUUCUAAAUGCUGCGCAUGUGUUGUCAAAUUGAUGGAGAUGUUUUCUUAAUUUGCUUGUUUUUUUCCUAAGUUGCAGUGCUGUGAGCUCUCAGGGCCACCGCAGCGAAGCUUUUUUCUUCUACGAUUGGUCUAUCCGAGGAAACCAACGGAACUGGAUCUCAGCUCCCACUGCGCCUUUACUUGUUAAACGAUUACCGUUGGAUAUAGCGGAACAAGAUCAAGACCAAUUAGGACGUUCGCAUUAGGUCACAUGACCCGGAAACAGGAGCCCUCAUCCGAAAAUGGCUGCUUCAUGGAAAAGAAAUAGCAAACAGUAACACAGCAAAUGUUUGGGUCUAUAAAAUAACCGUAUUACUGGGAAGUCAUUAUCUACUCCGUUUUUACGGUUUGUAGUCGGUCAAUGCGACAUUCUGGAUGAUUCUGUAGAUAAUGAAGCUCCGUGUCCAGCUGCAGUGUAAGAAUCUGCACGGGUACUUGAAAGAGCUGAGCCCGGACGUCCUGGACAGACUGUACAACCACCCCGCGACAUGUCUGGCUGUCUACAGGGAACUUCCCUCUCUGGCCAAGAACUAUGUGAUGCGUAUGCUUUUCCUGGAUCAACCCCUUCCACAGGCUGCAGUGGCACUGUGGGUGAAGAAAGACAGUCAGAGGGAUCAUGAUGAAUGUGUGUCAGUGUUGGCAGGACUCAGCCUGUGGCACAGUCGGCAGCUUCAAGGUGGUCUGCAGGGAUACACUUUAAAUCCAGUUUUCAAAGACAACCUGAGAAUCGCUCUGCUUGGCGGGGGCCGAGCAUGGGCCGAUGAGGGUAGCACCCUGGGUCCGGACCGCCAUGCACGGGACAUUGAGAGUCUUGACCGCUAUGCCAUGGAGCGUUGGGAGGUCAUUCUGCACUUCAUGGUGGGUUCUCCCAGUGCUGCUGUUAGUCAGGACCUGGCACAGCUGCUGGUUCAAGCAGGCCUCAUGAAAAGUGAGGCCGGAGAGGCGCCCUACAUCACCUCUGCUGGUUUCCAGUUCCUCCUGCUGGACACUGCCUCACAGCUGUGGUACUUCACCCUGCAGUACCUCAAAACUGCUCAGUCCAGAGGGAUGGACCUGGUGGAGAUCUUGUCCUUCUUAUUCCAGCUGAGUUUCUCUACUCUGGGCAGAGAUUACUCAGUGGAGGGAAUGAGUGAGUCGUUACUCACCUUCCUGCAGCACCUGCGGGAGUUUGGACUGGUCUUCCAGAGGAAGAGGAAGUCGCGGCGGUAUUAUCCCACCAGACUGGCCAUCACUCUGGCUGCAGGGGUAACUACCAGCACCUCCUGCGCUUCCUCCUGCUCCAACUUGACUUCCACUCCUGGUUCUGGAGAUGCAGGCUUUAUCGUGGUGGAAACGAAUUAUCGUAUUUAUGCCUACACAAACUCAGAGCUUCAGAUCGCUCUGGUGGCUCUCUUCAGUGAAAUGCUUUAUCACUUCCCCAACGUCGUGGUGGCUCAGGUUACAAGGGAGUCAGUGCAACAGGCAAUUGCCAACGGCAUCACUGCACAGCAGAUAAUCCACUUCCUCAGGACCAGAGCUCACCCUGUCAUGCUCAAACAGACACCGGUACUGCCUCCAACCAUAACUGAUCAGAUCCGACUAUGGGAGCUCGAGAGAGAUCGAUUGCAGUUCACAGAGGGUGUGCUGUAUAACCAGUUCCUGUCCCAGGCUGACUUUGAGGUUCUGCGAGACAGAGCUCAGUUAGCGGUUUCCGUUGUACCUACCAACAUGCAGCAACUUGUCUGGACCUGCUCAGCAGAGAUCAUAAUCCCAAUAACUCCAUUCAGAGAUCUCAAAAUGUCAGAUCUUCAGGCCCACAUAGUCACAGUUAUCGAUGAACUUGGGAGAGCCUCAGCGAAGGCCCAACAACUCACAGCUCCCAUAACAAGUGCUUCCAAACUACAGUCUCAGUUUCAUCAGCUUUACCUGCUGAAGGACGGAGAGAGCAACAGAGGACAUGGUGUGGUUGUGGGAUUUCUCAAGGUGGGCUACAAAAAGUUAUUUCUUCUCGACAGACGGGGUGUGCACAUAGAGGCAGAGCCACUGUGUGUUUUGGAUUUCUACAUAGCAGAGAACUUGCAGCGACAUGGCUGCGGAUUAGACCUUUUUGAUUUCAUGUUGCAGCACAAGAACUUAGAGCCGGAGCUGAUGGCUUAUGACAGGCCCUCACACAAAUUCUUGUCCUUCCUGGCAAAGCAUUACUGCCUGAUACACAGUGUUCCACAGGUCAAUAACUUUGUGGUAUUUGAAGGAUUCUUCCUCAACAAAACAGCUGUCCCGUUGAGAAAGGUUCCCCUAAAAAAGCCAGACGGAGAGAUCAAACCCUACUCUUUGGUGGAGAGAGAAGUGGUACAUCAGGAGCAGAGGACUCUUCCUUGGCCAUUCGUUCCUCCUCACUCUCCCCAGCGGCUGGUAUCCUCCCAGUGCUCUGACUCCCUCAGCGCGGGAUCCUCCCCCAGCAAGGUGCCCCUUCAAGUCACCGCAGCCUCUGCUCUUGCAGGGAAUAGGGAUCAGAGCCCACAUUCCCCUGUUAUUGAGCGCUCCAGUGCAAGACGCACCAGCCAACAGGGUCUAGUUGCCAGAUGCCGCCUAUACAGUCGGUACUUGGACAGCAGAGAUGUUGGACAGCUGGACAGAGACUUACCAGGUAAGAUUCAGUGAAGAUGUUUAAGUUAAAAACCUAAUCUUUUACAUGGAAGUCAUACUGACCUCAUCAGCCACACUGAAAGGGAUGCCUGAUUAUUUGCAUCCUGCCUUCAAAAGCAACUUGUUGCUCAUGGUUACAAUGUGAGACAUUCAAGAGGUUAAGUUGUGUGAAACACUGCUGCUAGGUAACGGCAACAUAGACACAAAUAUUAAAGGUCCCAUUUUACACAAACAAUACACAUUUUCAUGGUUUUCUAACAUAAAUUUAUGUCCCCGUCAUAUCUACAGACCCCCCCCCCCAAAAAAAUUGCUUGCUCCACCUUUCAGAGAACUUGUAUUCAAAUACACCAUUCAACUUUCUCGUCCUUAUGAAGUCCUCCAGGUAGGGUGACACUUUCCGGGCAAAGUUAAAUUUACCUCGCCAACUGGCCAUGUUUUAUUUCCUCACUAACGUUGGCUUUGUCAAACAAAGAUGACGAAGGUAUGAGAAAAGCGAGCCCGUUGUUCUGUUCUUGACUUCACAAACACACAGAAGUUUCCAUGUUCACCAAAAUGUGACAAUUUGAAGAAAAAACAAAUAAACACUUAACUUGGGAGCUGUAAGUUUGGGCAUUUUUUGUUGCUUUACAAUGUAUUUUGAUGGGUAGCCUGGCGUUGGCACAGCAGCUAAUGUGGUUAGUUUUAGGGAUGCACGAUAUAUAUCGGGCCGAUAGAGGGAAUUUUAUACUAUUAUUUAUCUCUCGGAUAAUGAAAUGAUAGCCCAUAAAUAGUCCAAUAAAAAACAGCGUGCGGUUGUCCCGCUCAUGACGUCAUACUGUGGCGAAACCGCGGCUCACAAGCGGCAUGCGGCUCUCUGGCUGCUCCUGCGUGGCUUGUGUGUGUUGAGCGUUAACAACCGUUAGCAGAGCUGCUCUCACACUGAACCCUCGCUCCGCUCACGUUCUAACUUCACACGCGCGGAUAACAAACUGUAUCGGUGAAUCGCGGCCAUAGGCUUGUCUUUAUGCCUUUAUUUUUGUAUUGAGGGAUGUACACAAACUUUUUUGUUUCAAUUAUUUUAAUACAGUGUUUAAUACAUCAACGUUUCUGAUUUGAGAUAAUCAGUGCAUUUAAUUUAUUUUUAAUUUAUAUGCAGAAUAUUUAAUUGUUUGUUAUGUGAAAACCAAAGUACAGAAAACCUUCCGCCGUGUCAAAUGUUUUGGAUAGGAACGUCAAAUAAUUCAUUUUAGCUCACUCCUUCUGAGCCUUUUUACCCUCAGUGGUGCAUAAACUACAGUUAUGAACAUAUUUUUUAAAUACAAAAAUGUACAAUUAUUAUCAGUUAUCGGUAUCUGCCAUGAGAAGCACGUAAUUAUUGUUUAUCGUAUCAGCUGGAAAAAUCCAUAUCGUGCAUCCCUAGUUAGUUUCUAUUGUGGUAUCAGGUGUUGGAGUACAUAUUGAUGAGUGAAAGCCAACUAACUAGUAAGGGUAGAAGCAUUAAUCCGGAUACCUGUAACAAUUUUUUCAUGUAGCUUUUUGUGUAAUUUCUUCAUCUCAUAAAGCUCAGAUAUGUUAGACACCAUAGAUUAGCCAUUUGAGGCUGUAGGAAGUAGGACUUUGUCCAAAUCACUAGAUAACCAUAAAAAUAUUUAAUAAUCUGAAUUAGGGAAGGGAUAGCUUCAUCUGGAUUCCAAACUAAAACAAGAUAUCGUCAGCGUAAAGUAAAAGUUUGUGUGUAAAGCCCCCAAACAUGAUCCCAGGAAUGUUGGGGUCCUUAAGAAUCACUGCAGCAAGGGAUUCUAUUGCUAAGCAAAAUAAUAAAGGUGAAAGUGGAGAGUCCCGCUUGGUCCCACGGCUGAGCCCAAACUAAGACAAGAUCUUUCAAACAGCUGAACAGCUGCCUCAGGAGCACCAUAUAAUAAUUUCACCAAUUUUAUGAAUGUCUGACCGAAGCCAAAGAUCUCCAACAUUUGAAGAAGAUAUGGCCAUUCCAUGCUAUUACUGUAUCGACUGACAUAGCUGCUAUAGGCGUAUUAUCAGUCCUUUCUUUCCACAUUAUAUAAAUAAAGGAUCAAAUAUUGUCAUAGGCAAAUCUAGUGCAAAUAAAUCCUUCUUGGCUGGGGUUUAUUAGGGUGGUUAUAACUCUACUGAGGCAAUUUACAAGGAUUUUAUAAAGUAUUUUGGUAUCUAUUGAAAUCUGAAAAAUAUACUGAUAGUUUUUGUGUUCAGUAGGUUCCUUAACUCUUUUUUAAAAUUAUGGUUAUCAGGGCCUGAGUCAGAGUGGGAGGCAGCCUGCCCCUUUAAAGGCCUCAUUAUACAUUUGUAACAGCGAGGGAGUGACCUCUUUUAAAACUCACUUGAAAAAAUUGGUCGUGAGACCGCCAGGCCCGGGGCCUUGUCUGAUUUCAGUGACAGCUACUAUUUCGUCGUUGUAAUUGGGGCAUCAAGGGUAUUGCGCUAAUCAACCCUCAGUGUAGGAACAUCUAUCCUUGAAGAAAUAUCCUGCUAAGGUACCAUUGCACCAGUUAUCACCCAUCCAGACCCCUCGCUCCAGUUUAUGGUGAAGGUGGAUGCCUCAGAGACAGGAGUUGGGGCAGUCCUGUCUCAGCAGUCCCCGAGGGACCAGAGAUGGCACCGGCGCAUGUCCACCACUGAACGAAACUAUGAUGUGGGCAACAGGGAGUUGCUAGCGGUGGUAUUGGCGCUGGAGGAAUGGAGGCACUGGCUGGAAGGGGCUGAGCAUCAGUUCGUAGUGUGGACGGACCACAACUCCCAUCAGGCUCUGAUGGCUCUUCCUCGGGAGGUUCAGAUUUACCCUCACCUACCUUCCGGGGUCCAAUGCUUUGUCCCGCCAAACAGAGCCGGAGAAAAAACAGGUAACCCCAGAACCCAUCCUACCACCCUCCUGUGUAAAUGGCAGCUGCAGCCUGGGAUGUAGAGAUGGGAGUCUCAGCGCACACAUCCUGAUCCAGGUAACGGUCCCCAUAACCACUUGUUGGUGCCUGAUCCAGUUAGGUCCGAAGUGCUGCAGGGGGGCCACUGCAACCAAGGUUUCCACCGGACAAUCUCCUUCAUCCGCCAAAGAUUCUGAUGGCCGUCCAUGUCCUCUGAUACUGAGGCCUUUGUGUCAGUCUGAUGCUAAGGAGGUGUUCUCCAAGGGCACUUUACAAGCUAGAACCGCCACUGCCUUGAGGAAAUAUAGCUGAAUUUUAGAAAAAGUAUAUUGGAUUCAAAUCGCUUACUGCCCCUUUAAGUGAGAAGAUAUCAUUUUCAUGCUGGGUAAACUAACCCCAUGCUUAACUUUCCAAGCACAAGGGUUCACUGCUUAUCAGAUGUCAGCAUCUACAGUGGCAAGAAAAAGUAUGUGAACCCUUUGGAAUUACCUGGUUUCCUGCAUUAAUUGUUUGUAAAAUGUCAUCAGAUCUUAAUCUAAUUCAAAAAUAUAAACAAACACAAUGUGCUUAAGCUAAUAACACACAAACAACU